AAAACUCAGCGCAAAGGAACGGAAUGCACAUGGUGCCUAACAAGAUAUGAUCUCUUGCUCUAUCAAUGUCAUCAUCUUUGAUGUGUUCUACCUCAGAUAGAUUGUUAUUCUUCAACAACUACAAAUAAAGUAUGAAAAUAUGACAGACAAAAAGAUGACAUUAGGAUUCUUAGAGAACUUUCUUCUAUCUGGUUCAGCUGCUGUCAUUUCAAAGACAUCUAUAGCUCCCCUAGAGAGAAUCAAAUUACUGAUACAGAAUCAAGACGAACUCAUUAAAUGUGGGAGACUGAAUAAACCUUACAGAGGAAUCCUUGACUGUGCUGUCAAAACGUUUCAGUCAGAAGGACUUUUGGCAUUUUGGAGAAGUAAUUUUGUGAACUGUGUCAGGUAUUUCCCAACACAGGCAAUGAACUUUGCCUUCAAAGAUCACAUCAAAGCAGCUUUUAAAACUGUUCCCGGUGAAUCCCAUGGAAGAAAGUUAGCCAAAAAUAUUUUUAGUGGCAGCAUAGCUGGCGCUUUGUCCAAUUGUUUUGUGUAUUCACUGGACUAUGCCAGGACCAGGCUGGCUAUGGAUGCCAAAAAUGCUGACAAUCCCUUAGCAAAUAGACAGUUUACUGGAGUCAUAGAUGUCUAUAAGAAGACAUGGGCUGCAGACGGGAUUCAAGGACUUUAUAGAGGUUUUGUUGUGUCUGUGAUAUCCAUUAUGGUGUAUAGGGGCUGUUACUUUGGAUUUUACGAUAGCCUCAAACCCAUCUUGCUCAGAGAAAACCCAGGGUUCUUCUCAUCCUUUGUUCUAAGUUACGGUGUGACUGUCAGCUCCAACCUCAUUGCUUACCCCCUGGACACUAUUCGCAGGAGGAUGAUGCUGCGCUCCGCUGAGAAAGUUCAAUACAAAGGCUCGGUGGAUUGUGCUCUCCAGAUUAUAAGAAACGAAGGAGCCCUGUCACUAAUGAAAGGCGCUGGAGCUAACAUUCUCCGCAACAUUGCCGGAGCAGGGGUUCUAGUAGGCUUUGAUAAGUUUAAAGACAUUUAUAUUCGAUACCAUCAAAAAUUAUGAACAAUGAAGUUAGUCUAUUCUUUAAAGUGACACAUAAUUCUAAAUGUUAGUUCACAAAUUCAUUUCCAGCAUGUGUGAAAGUGAAAAUAUUUAUAAUGUGGCUUAUGUAGUGUGAACAUGCCUUAAAGAUUAAAAAAAUACAAUCUUGUUGAUUGUAACUGAAUAACUUUGUCUAAUACAUACAACGAAGUACAAUCAUUUUUCAAAAAUAUGCCACGCUUAAAACAGCUAUUUUUAAAAAUUUUCUUCAUUCUUGUGAUAAUUUAUUAAAAUGACGAAUUCUUUAGCCACUUUGAUCCUUGCAAAAUAAAUUUAUUAAGAGUGUCCACUUGUCAUAAUAAAAAAAAACAAUUCUUGAUAAAAUAAACAUCUCCAAGAUAUGAAACUCUCUUGGAACACAAAGACCCUGAUAAUAAAUGUACUAAAUAUACUAAGUAACGGUACAGACUAUUUGAAAAUUGUGUGAAAUGUUUUUAAAAAAAAAAAACUAGCUUGGUAACUUUUUUUUAUUAGGUGUUUUCAUUUAACAGCAAUAAAAGCUCAGUUUCAUUUAUCAACCAGAAAUGCAUUAAUCAACCAGAGAUGCAUUAAUCAAUCAAUGAUUAAGACAUUAAUCAGCAAUAAGUCAUGCUAAAAAUUCUUUGCUGUUAAAUUUUGGCCAAAAUUUGAUGUAAAUAUUUUUAGUACCGGUAUUUAAUUAUUCAAUUGUGGUGUCUUAUUUCUUUAGCUAUUCAUAAUGUCUUUGGAACUAAUGCUCUGUUGGAUACUAGUCUUAUUGCGACUAGCCGUGUACAGCAAUUUGAUCCUGAUAUCAUAUCAAAGGUUGAAAUAAAUUCAGAAAAAAAAAUCAUUAGUUAAUUAUAAUGCUUGGCAGGUUCAUCUCAUGAUUUUAGAUGGUAUGUGGUAUACGCUUUGGACUGUCACCAGGAUAGUUCAGAGUUCAAACCUGCCCUCUUCCAUUCCCUGGUGUACUGCAGGAGGCUUGAGCUAAGUGUAUGCCUAGGACGUAAUCAUCUGCUUUUUUGAAUUGAAGUAACGUCUGUAUUUUAUAAGAUAAGAUAAAAUAUAAUGAUCUUGUGUUCUGAAGACUCGUAGACAAUCUAUCAAUCAAAAUAAAACAAUGAUUAAUGUUUUCUAGUGUUCUACUCAUAAUUGGGGAACCGAAACAUGAAUAUUAAUUUACAUUUGAUUUAUUAAAUUUCAAUUUUUAGUUUCUUUGAACCUGUUAAAAAAAAAUUCAGUUUAGUAAUUCUAGGUGGUAGGCUAUAGUUUAGUAAUUGAAGGUGGUAGGCUAUAGUUUAGUAAUUCUAAAUGGUAGGCUAUAGUUUAGUAAUUUUAGGUGGUAGACUAUAGUUUAGUAAUCCUAGUUGGUAGACUAUAGUUUAGUAAUUCUAGGGGGUAGGCUAUAGUUUAGUAAUUUUAGGUGGUAGAUUAUAGUUUAGUAAUUCUAGGUUGCAGAAAAUAUAAUCCACAGGAUGAAGUGAUUCUGUAAUUCAAACUAAUACUGGGGUGUGUAAUCAAGUGGCAUAAACCACUUGGCUUCUUAUCAAAAGGGGCUUGAGUUUGAAUCCUGACUUGAGCAGAGUUGUUUGGGUUAGGGAUGUUUCGGAUGUUCCGUCAGAGUUGAAGAUAAUUACUUCCUAGUCCAAACCUCCCCCAGGACAACGGUGGAUGGGAGCAGGCAGAGUUUGAACCCGGUACCAUUGAUAAGUCCGAACGACAGUCCAGCGUGCAAAUCGCACGACCAGGCAGCCAUCUGUGUUUGCUGAGCACCUAAAGGCGGCAUUGAAACCACUCGGGACAAUAGCGCUCUGAGAAGCAUGAAAGUUGUGCUAUUCAACAGAGAUUGGACCAUAGCGCUCUGAGCAAAAUACAAAAGCAAUUUAAAAACUAAAAAUACAAUAAAACUGUCUAGAAAUUUUCAUUCUUCUUUCUGGUCUCACUUACUUCCACUUUUCUGUUGUGGUCCCAGAUCUGCUUGUGUAGUCUAUUGGUUUUUCAUUCACACUUGGAAAGAGUUGAUGUCAAGAUCAAAGUACAAGCUAAUGUAAUGCCAAAUGAUAUGAUGAAUGCUUGGAGACAUGUUUGUGUGUGCUUUGUUUUGUAUUAUUGAUGGUGCUAUGAUACACUUAAUUCUGUUGUGUUUAUUAUAAAUAAGAAAUUUGUGAAAUAGUUUUGGUUGCAUUAUAUUAUUAGGUCUGUGUGUGUACGUAGUGGGUUUAUAAAAUUUUUAAUCAGAAUUAAACAUUUUAAUAAAUA